GCGGUGCCUGCUGUUUUUCGUUUAUGAUUGGUCCAUAGGCAACUGCGCCCUGUGGGUCUGGUCUGGAGGAGGGGCCAAGCACAGAGGCCCGUGCGCAAACCGCGUGUGACACGGGGAUCGGACAGGCAAGGCUAGCUAAUUAUCCAAGGGAGCUCCAGAGAUGGAUAUGAGCAGCAGUGAAUGCUUCAGGUGUGGCCGCCCCGGACACUGGAUCAAGAACUGCCCCGAAGCAGGACGUGGGCGUGGUCGGGGGCGUGGGCGUGGGAAAGAUCUGUUCUGUUACCGCUGCGGAGAGCAGGGUCACAUCGCACGAGAUUGUGAGCAGACAGAGGAUGCCUGCUAUAACUGCCACCGGAGUGGGCACAUCUCCAGGGACUGCAAGGAGCCCAAGCGCGAGCAGUGCUGCUACACCUGCGGGAAGGCGGGGCAUGUCGCACGCGACUGUGACCAUGGCAACGAGCAGAAAUGCUACUCCUGCGGGGGCUUCGGUCACAUCCAGAAACUCUGCGAGAAAGUCAAGUGCUACAGGUGUGGAGAGAUUGGCCAUGUUGCCAUGCAGUGCAGCAAGGUGAGCGAGCUGAGCUGCUAUAACUGUGGGAAGACUGGACACCUGGCCAAGGAGUGCUCCAUCGAAGCCACCGCCUAACCUCCCCCCCUCUCCUUUCUCACACACACUUAUUUUCUCUGUCAGCUUAGCUGGCUACAGUAUGGCCCACGGAGGCUGGUUCCAGGCCAGACCCAGGCCAGUGAGCUUGUGACAUGUUAAAGGGGUGGAAAGUGGACUGCAUUCAGUACAAAAGAUGUGUUUAGGUUGGUAGAGGUGCUCUAACCCCCACGUACAGAGGGGUUAGGGAGGGGUCAGUCAGAUCGGUGUGUGUGUGUGCGUGUGUGUGUGCGCGCAUCCGUGUGUGUGCAUGCGCGUUUGUGUGUGUAAGAGAUCAGUUUGCAGCUUAUGACCAACAUGUUUUAGAGCUGUACAAAUAGGUGGGUGUUAACAGCAACUAAAUGUUCUAAUAAACUGCCUAAAUUCUAAUGUUAUCUUAAUUAACUGGCUACAUUCUGGGUAUGAAAAGAUAAAUGAAACUGAUGUCCUUAAUUGAGUUAUAAAUGGUGCCUGUGCACAUGUUUCAGGAGUAAAUGUGCCCAGAAGUCCCUUUUUCGUGGGAGAAGCAAAACCUUCAUCUGCAGAAAUAAAACCCCAAUUAUGAAAUGUUUUCCACAGAAAUCAAAUCUUAUUUUUGUAUAUGUCAUGUAGACCACUGUAAAAAAAUAUAUAUAUAAUUUGCUUGUACUUGGUUUGUCAGACGGUAAAUGCAACUUUGAGAAUAUAGAAGUGUAAUUUUAAACUCAAUAAACAACAGGAGGAAGGAGAA